AUGUGUUCAAAGCUGUUCACGGGCAACCCACGCGCACCGGAUGGAGGGAGGGAACAGGCGUUUUUCUACCAAAGCCACGGCCUCGGACUGGUGUUUCUUCUGGCAGCCGUGGCACCUCUCAACGUCAGUACGAAACAGCCUCCUCUCGCAAUACCCACUAUGGUAAUAUUGGUAGCCAGAGCUAUGGAACAGGACCUUUCCAUCCUCAGAACGGUCAUCAGGGUGCAAAGGCUCCUUCCCAUGGUGCUGAAAAUGAUCCAAGCUCGCUUGGAGCGCUGGGCCGAGGACCACAUCACCAUUCUCCUCAUGGCCUUAGGCCCUUCUUAA